CUAAACAAGAUAUAUUUGGAUUUUGAAUUGUMUUGAAUGAAUUGGUUGGACGCGUGAAAAAAGGAAAAGAGGGCGGCAUCACCCGAAAACUAAUCCAAAAGAAAGCCGCSAAAUCGAGGUUCAACGACUACUACYAUUUUUUUUUGGAGGUGGUGCGUGCGGUAGCCGUACCGGCACGUCAUUGACAAGGAACCUGAUACGGAAUAGCACUUCUAUUGUAAACCAAGCGUCUCUCUGUGAUCGGCUCCCGUAAAUCGAACGWACUUCGCAAUCAACAAUCAAUACGAUGGUAUCGACUUCGGCCCAACCAACGGCAACACRGCCGGGGCUCCUCGUCCUCGUCCUCUUUYUGCUGUCGGCUCCGCUGCUUGCCGCGGGAUUUCGUGCCACCACCACCGGCGUCACCAGCCUCCGUGGUUCGGAACGGACGAAUACCUCCACGGCGUGUUUUUCCGUAAGGUUUCGCUGCGGGAGGCCGGGGGACGAACCGGUGAUUGCCCUCACRAUGGCAAGGGAGCUCAUGAACCCGCUGGGGAUUUCUCACCGGAACUUUGUCGUCGCCGAGGACGCCUCGACCGGCGACCGCGUCGGCUGGGCGCAGAUCCGGCCCCUCGGCCCGGCCGGGGUGGAUCCCUCCGAACYGAACAGCCCGCCGGGAUCGAUGAAGCCGGCGUCGAUCGGGGACGCCGUCGACGAGCAAAUGUGGGAAGAAUUCGAGGAGGAUCCCAGCGCCGGCUUUGGGGACGGGAGGUGGCAGUCCACCCUCCCGUGGACGAAGGAGUACAAGCAGGCCUUUGCCUCCGCGGCGGAGCGCCGGGAACGCCGGGCCGAGCUCCUGGCCCGGGAGGAAGACGCCCGGGCGGACCGGCCCGUGCCCCGGCUGUGGGAGCUGGCCUCGGUCUACGUGGUACCCGAGCGGAGGUCGGAGGGAAUCGGGAGCGGCCUCGUGAGGAGCGUCCUGGACCAGCACAGGGAGCUCGGGCGCGCCAGCGAGGCCGUCUACGCCCUGACCCUGUCGUCUACCGUGGAGUGGUACMGGUCGGGCUUUGGGUUCGUCGAGGUGGAGGAACCGCGGGAGGUCCCGAAGCCCAUGGCGCUGGAGGUGGCGGCCGGAAGCAUCCUGACGAAGCUCAUGGGGAACGAGCUGGUCUGUCUGCGGAUGCCGCUGGAGCAAAUGACGGGGUGAGCGAUCGGGCAAGCCCCGAAUCAACACCGAGGAGGUUU